CUUGAAAAUCAACUCCCUCCAAACUCCAAAGUUUCCAACUCCAAAAAGUUGGGGAGAAAGAGCUCUUUUUGCCUCCCCUCCCAAAAAUGGCGUUCUCCCUCCAGCACCGGCAACUCUUCCAUUCGCCCACCAGAUUUAGUUCUCAACCAAAAUCAAUAACUAACCACUCUCUAAUCUCUCUCAAAAUACCAACAAGACUAUCUAAUCAUCCACUCGCCUUUGCUCAAAACGCCGCCAUAAGCCAAAUCGACAGUGAGAAAGCUGCCUUAUUGCCUCCGCCACUGAGGAAAGAAUUAAUGCCGAACCAUGUUGCGGUGAUAAUGGAUGGGAAUAGAAGGUGGGCUAAAAUGAAAGGAUUGCCUAUUGCCUUAGGUUACGAAGCGGGUGUUCGAGCACUUAGGAAUCUUGUUCAGCUGUGUUGCGACUGGGGAAUUAGUGUUCUUACUGUCUUUGCUUUUUCCUCCGAUAAUUGGUUCCGUCCUAAAAUGGAAGUUGAUUUUUUGAUGGGCUUGUUCGAAAGAGGGCUAAAAAAUGAACUUGAAGAUUUUGGGAGAGCAGGGAUUCGGAUGUCUAUAAUUGGAGACUCCAGUAAGCUCCCCAAGUCAUUGCAGGACUUAAUAGAUAAAGCUGUGAAGACUACUAAGGAAAAUUCACGACUUCACCUCGUUGUUGCAGUCAACUACAGUGGACAGUAUGAUGUUGUACAAGCUUUUCAAAACAUUGCUCAAAAAGUGAAGGAUGGCGUUAUCGAACCCAAAGACGUAGAUAGUUUCCUUGUAGAGCAGGAGUUACAAACAAGCUGUACUGAUUUUCCGUGUCCUGAUUUACUUAUAAGGACUAGUGGGGAGCAAAGACUUAGCAAUUUCUUACUCUGGCAGUUGGCCUACACUGAACUGUUCUUUUCACAUUCACAUUGGCCUGAUUUUGGAGAAACUGAAUUUUUGGAGGCUUUAUGUUCCUUCCAGCAAAGGCAGAGGCGCUAUGGUGCACAGAGUUCCUAGCUUAUGCCAUGUAUUUUAGAGUAACUCUGAGGUUGAACAAACAUCAUUGAAGAUCUCUGAAGGCCAGUUCUUGCAAGAAAGAAGUUUAGGGUAUUUAAGAGAA